AUGGAUUCUCCGUCUCGAUAUCUCUGUGCCGUCAGCAUCCGGUCGGCCGAUCGAUCGAACUCUUUCCGGCGGCAUGAUUCCGGGAAACGACCUCCGGCGACCGGCGGAGGCUCCGGCGCCAGCGUCCGGCCGUACGUGAGGUCAAAGCUGCCUCGACUGAGGUGGACGCAAGAUCUCCACCAGAGCUUUGUAAGGGCUGUUGAUCGACUCGGAGGAGAAGAUAGGGCAACUCCAAAAAUGGUUCUUGAGCUAAUGAAUGUGAAAGGGCUAUCGAUAACACACGUCAAGAGUCACCUACAGAUGUACAGGAGCAUGAAGCAUGAGCAGAUUAUGCAGGAAUCUCUAGUUGAAAUGAGCAAGAAAGUUCAAGCCACUUCACUUCCAAAUGAGUUAAAUCAUCCUGACCGUACUUUGGGAUUACUCACCAGCCAAGCCCUUGCCCUUGACAUUCAUGCAAUAAGGCACGAGGAAACAAAGCCAAUUGGAAUAAGCGCGGAAAAUAGGCGUACAUUCAAUGACUCGGUUAUUUUCAACGACUUAUUCAGAAGCUGCAAACCACAAACUACGGAUUAUGUCGAUAUAGACAAGGCAAAGGACACAAAAUAUCACGCAAACAUUAGUAGCAACACGAGUAAUCCUGCUAUUCGAGUUUCAUCAAGAGAAUGCGCGUGUUUUAUGGACUCGAACGAUGUCUCGCUAGAGCUAACUCUUGGCUAG